AGGGGGUGAACCUGAAGAUGGCGGCAGUAGUGGAGGUGGAGGUUGGAGGAGGUGCUGCGGCGGAACGGGAGCUAGAUGAGGUCGAUAUGUCAGACCUCUCCCCUGAGGAGCAAUGGAGGGUUGAGCACGCACGCAUGCAUGCCAAGCAUCGUGGCCACGAAGCCAUGCACGCUGAAAUGGUCCUCAUCCUCAUCGCUACCUUGGUGGUGGCCCAGCUGCUCCUGGUGCAGUGGAAACAGAGGCACCCCCGCUCCUACAAUAUGGUGACCCUCUUUCAGAUGUGGGUUGUUCCCCUCUAUUUCACAGUGAAGCUGCACUGGUGGAGAUUCCUAGUGAUCUGGAUCUUCUUCUCUGCUGUCACAGCCUUCGUCACCUUCCGAGCCACACGGAAACCUCUAGUGCAGACAACUCCAAGGUUGGUUUAUAAAUGGUUCCUGUUGAUCUAUAAAAUCAGCUAUGCCACUGGCAUCAUUGGCUACAUGGCGGUCAUGUUUACUCUCUUUGGUCUUAAUUUAUUAUUCAAGAUUAAACCAGAAGAUGCCAUGGACUUUGGCAUUUCUCUCCUCUUCUAUGGUCUCUACUAUGGAGUUCUUGAGCGGGAUUUUGCAGAAAUGUGUGCAGAUUACAUGGCGUCUACUAUAGGGUUUUACAGUGAGUCAGGUAUGCCUACCAAACACCUUUCGGACAGCGUGUGUGCUGUGUGUGGGCAGCAGAUCUUUGUGGACGUCAGUGAAGAGGGCAUCAUCGAGAACACAUAUAGGCUGUCCUGCAAUCAUGUAUUCCAUGAGUUCUGCAUCCGUGGCUGGUGCAUUGUUGGAAAGAAGCAGACGUGUCCCUACUGCAAAGAGAAGGUAGACCUGAAGAGAAUGUUCAGCAACCCCUGGGAGAGGCCUCAUGUCAUGUAUGGACAACUGCUGGAUUGGCUUCGAUACUUGGUAGCCUGGCAGCCUGUCAUCAUUGGCCUGGUGCAAGGCAUCAACUACAUCCUGGGCCUGGAAUAGUCAGGAACACAGCAGUGGAGAAACCACCCCACCCACCAUGGACCUCAGGGCACUCUCCUCCCUGCCCAUGAAGACCUCCUGGGUGGGAAAGACUCAAAGGGGCGCUUGGGCCACUCAGGACCCCUCCGGCUGUGUCCGGGCCCGGGAGGGAAAUGAUGGAGAGCCAGCCUGUGGGGCUGUCAGCAGUGGGGGGCUUUUUAAAAGAAAAUUAUUUUGAUGAAUAUAUUUAAAAAAACUUU